UUUCUUCUCGCCACCCGCGGCCGUUCCAAACUCUCGCUUCUAUUCCUACUCUUCUUCUUCCACACGGCGACGUCGCCAUCGCUAGCCUGCCGCCCCACCUCCUCCCUAGUAGCGCUCCUUCUACCUCUGCGCAGGUAGCAGCGGCCGCCUCCUCCUACGCGCUCCCAAACCCUAGCAUAUCCCCCAACCCAAAUUCCUCCUCUACGCGGGGAGCUUCCCCUCUGACCCCGCAGAUCGCCGGCGAUGGGGUCCAAGGACCAGGACUUGGCUGCGUCGUCGGGCGGCGGCGGCGGCUUCUUCUCUUCGAUCGCCGCCGGCGUGCGCAGCUGGGGUACUGCUGUGCACAAAUCGGUCAACGGGAUGGUUGGCUAUGAAGGGCUUGAAGUUAUUAACCCAGAUGGAGGAACGGAAGAUGCGGAAGCAGAGGCCAUGAGGGGGCGAUGGAAGCAAGAGGAUCGUGAUAGUUACUGGAAGAUGAUGAGCAAGUACAUAGGGUCAGAUGUUACAUCACUUGUUACACUUCCAGUCAUCAUCUUUGAGCCAAUGACAAUGCUUCAGAAAAUGGCAGAGUUGAUGGAAUACUGUGAACUUUUAGACAAAGCAGAUGAAUGUGAAGAUCCUUACAUGCGUUUGGUAUAUGCUUCAAUAUGGGCUGUAUCAGUCUACCCUGCAUACCAGCGCAUGUGGAAGCCUUUCAAUCCCAUCCUUGGAGAGACGUAUGAGAUGGUUAACCACCAGGGUAUCACAUUUAUUGCUGAGCAGGUAAGCCAUCAUCCUCCAAUGGGAGUAGCUCAUUGUGAGAACGAUCAUUUUACUUAUGACAUUACAUCAAAGUUGAAGACAAAAUUCUUGGGAAAUUCGGUGGAAGUGUAUCCAGUAGGAAGGACUAGAGUUACACUUAAAAAAUCCGGGGUCGUGUUGGAACUGAUACCACCUUUGACAAAAGUCAACAACUUGAUAUUUGGGCGCACGUGGGUAGACUCCCCUGGAGAGAUGAUCAUGAACAAUCUGACAACCGGAGACAAAGUUGUGCUAUAUUUCCAACCAUGCGGCUGGUUUGGGGCUGGGCGAUACGAGGUGGAUGGGUAUGUAUAUAGUGCAGCUGAAGAACCUAAAAUGAUGGUGACAGGAAAAUGGAAUAAGUUCAUGAGUUAUCAGCCAUGUGAUCAGGAAGGUGAGCCUCUUCCAGGAACCGAGCUAAAAGAGAUCUGGAGAGUAGCUCCUACUCCACCGAGUGACAAGUACCAGUAUACAUACUUCGCGCACAAAAUAAAUAGCUUUGAUACGGCACCUAAGAAGCUCUUGCCUUCAGACUCCCGAUUGAGGCCCGACAGAUACGCCCUUGAGAAGGGUGACAUGUCUAAAUCUGGUGCGCAUAAGAGCAGGCUUGAAGAGCAACAAAGAGCCGAGAAAAGAACUCGGGACACCAAGGGAGAGCAAUUUACACCAAAAUGGUUCAACAUGACUGAUGAAAUCUCCCCUACUCCAUGGGGCGAGCUGGAGGUGUAUGAAUACAAUGGCAAAUAUGCUAAGCACCGGGCUGCAGUAGACAGCUCUAAUGUCGCCGAGGAGACAGACGUCAGCUCCAUCGAGUUCAACCCGUGGCAGUACAGUGACUCACCUUCCCAAUGAUUUCAAAGGGUCUGAAGCUACCCAUCUUUAUUUGUCAUGUAAAACGCUUCCAGGCCUUACAUUGUGCUGUAUCCAUAUCAGCAGUUUUCGUGCCCUUGUAGUAUUCUGACCUUCUGUCUUCAUGCUAUUACAGUUGGGUAAGUGAUUGUGUAUUUGAUGUAGUCCACGCACUCUUUGUCGUUAAUCUAGAUGAAGCUGAAAUUUUUCUUUAAGCUCUGUUUUGCGACAUGUAUGUUAUUCGUAUCUAACAAUUUUUCAAGAAA